AUGGAAGAAGAUAAGGAGUCCCCUAUCAUUCUUGGAAGAUCAUUCAUGAAAAUAGCCCGGAUGAUGAUCGAUAUUGAUGAUGGUAUAAUGAAGUUAAGAGUUCAAGAUGAAGAGGUAUGCUUUAAUCUUUUCGAUGCCAUGAAGCAACCAAAAGACAAGAAUGACUGUUUUCGCAUGGAUGUUACUGAAGAGAGUGUAGUUGAAGUGGCAAACCAAAUUCAUCCAUCUAGCCCUUUAGAGAGAUCUCUUGUUGAAUCUUUCAAUGAACUAGAGAAAGGUGGCAACACGAUCACAAAGGAGGACAAGGUAGAAGAUUUGGAGCUAAAAAAAGGAGUUAAAGAGUCAAAGAUAGAAUUAAAGCUACUCCCACCUCAUUUGAAGUAUGUCUUUCUAGAUGAAGAGGGAAAUAAACCGGUCGUUAUCAGUUCUAAGUUGACUACAAAAGAAGAGGCAAGACUCAUUCAAGUUCUCCAAAAGAAUAAAGCUGCAAUUGGAUGGGUAUUGGCGGAUCUGAAAUUACAUGUUGUGCCAAAGAAGGGAGGCAUGACGGUAAUCCGUAAUGACAAGAAUGAACUCAUCCCAACAAGAACCGUAACCGGGUGGAGAAUGUGCAUCGAUUAUCGCAGACUCAACAAAGCUACGAGAAAAGAUCACUUCCCUCUACCAUUCAUGGAUCAAAUGCUUGAGAGGUUAUCGGGACAGAAUUACUAUUGCUUCUUAGAUGGACGGAUGCCAUUUGGAUUAUGUAAUGCUCCAGCUACUUUCCAACGGUGUAUGCAAGCCAUAUUCUCAGACCUCAUUGAAGAAAGUAUUGAAGUAUUCAUGGAUGACUUCUCAGUAUUUGGAAAAACUUUUGAUAUGUGCUUGAAUAAUUUGGAUGUGGCACUUGGAAGAUGUAUUGAAACCAAUUUGAUAUUAAAUUGGGAGAAAUGCCAUUUCAUGAUAUUGAGGUUAAGGAGCAAAGACGAAGGAACACGCAAGCGUAGAAGCUCUGAAGAAAGAGGAAUCACAAAGAAUUGGGCUAAAGCAAGUGGCGAGCCGCGCCAAUCAUAG